AUGUCGUCAAACAUGAUCGACCGCCUUCGUAGCAAGAAGAGCGCCAGAAGCCUAAACGACAAGGACAAGGUCUUGAGGAAGCUCAGCCCUGUUGAACACCUCCAAGCUGCUCAUUAUUCGUUAGGAGCAAUUAUUGGCUGUGCGAUAUCAUGUCGUUAUCGCAUCCCCGGAGCAUUACUCACCUCAGACGCUGCAGCAUUCCAAGUUAUUGUUGAGAAUGCCUUUGCCCGUGCUAUCCUACAGCAUCCGCUGUUCACAGUCGGACGAAUCAACGCGGAUUCCAAGAAGCAAUACUGGGUACGACUUGAUCAGAUUGACUUGAGUAAGCACAUAGAAUGGCGGACUGUCUCUGAUCAAGGAUCGUACGAAUCAAUCCUUCAUGCUACCUUGGAAAGGCAAGUCAAUGAGCCUUAUACGAAUCUCGAAACCCAACCUGGCUGGAGGGCGACUGUACUCAAACCAGCCGAAUCAAACUUUAUCGAUGUUAUCUUUGCCUGGGAGCAUACCGCGGCAGAUGGAAAAAACCGCAUCUUCGAGGUCCCAAACACAGAACUCACGCCUCCCUUGCAUCACUUGGUCAAGUUACCCGUCUCCCUGCAUUUCAUCGUCGGUGAAUUCGGGCGGGAUAUUAUCGCUUCGAUAAAAGCGAAAGAACUACCUCACAUGGCGACAUGGGCACCAAUACCAACAGAACCGUCGACGACGAGCAUGGUGGCGACGAAAGUUGGGAAAAGUGCACUAAAGCCUGUCCUCAAUGCGUGUCGUCAGCACGAGACGACUUUGACGGGGCUUAUGCACGCACUCAUUGCGGUAUCGAUGGCGAUGAGACUGGCGGAGAUCAAAGCUUCUGCGUUCUUAUGCGGUACACCUGUUUGUCUGAGACAGUUUCAGAAGCCGGGACAUCCGAACAUCGAUAUGAACAAGACGGCCAUCAACAGCGUGGCAUACUGGCCGUUUACGUUUGACGAAGAAUUUGUUGCCAAGGUUCGGGAACAAAUCAACGAGGCUCAAACAAAGCCGAACAUGAGCGCAAUUCUGGAAGAAACGGUCUGGUCCUCUGCUAAAGCGAUACGGGAUGGUCUAUCUGCCAAGCUGGAUUUGGGUACCAAGAAUGACCAUAUCGGACUAGCCAAGUUUGUGAAGGACUGGCAGUCUUUCGUCAAGGACCAUGGCAAAACACGAUCAUAUUCAUGGGAGAUAAGCAAUCUUGGCGUUAUACAGGGGAAAGCGGAGGGUGAGGGCGACAAGUGGGCUAUUGAAAGUGCGACAUUCACGCAGACUGCGCCCACGUUUGGCUCGGCGUUGACAUUCAGUGUCAUCUCUGCUCAAGGUGGGGACUUGGUGGUGACGAAUACGUGGCAGGUUGGGGUUGUUGAGGCGGAUUUGGCUCUUGGUGUGAGCUCUGAUUUGGAAGGUUGGUUGAAUGAGUUGGGGAGCACUGGGAGCAUCAGCUUUGGAGCGGUUGCGGUGUCGAACUGA